AUGAACAACUCAGACUACUAUCCCUGGGUGUUCCAAAACGCAAGCUACUACAACUUGGAAAACUGGACAGGAAACUACAGCCAGGAAUAUCUCGACGCUUGGGAAAAAUGGACUGAACUUAUUCAAGAUCGAGCUGUAGUCGUCAGUCUUUUACUGCUCUUCUCGAUGUGUACGGUUUUCGGUAACAUGUUGGUCAUUCUCGCAGUUAUUCGGGAGAGAUACCUUCAUACUCCAACAAAUUAUUUUAUUACGUCUCUAGCGGUUGCGGACUGUUUGGUGGGGUUGGUAGUGAUGCCUUUCAGCGCUCUAUAUGAAGUACUUGGUCACACCUGGUUUUUUGGAGCAGAUUGGUGUGAUAUUUGGAGAAGUUUAGAUGUUCUAUUUAGCACGGCUUCUAUACUUAACUUGUGUGUCAUAUCUUUGGACAGGUAUUGGGCUAUUACUGAUCCUAUAACCUAUCCCAUGAGAAUGACGAAAUUGCGCUCAAUGUUACUUAUUGCUGCUGUCUGGGUUUGCAGUAGUGCUAUAUCAUUUCCAGCUAUCGGUUGGUGGAGAGCUGUGCGAAAUGCUCCAAUACCAGCGUUUACCUGUCCAUUUACAGAACACCUGGGAUACCUAAUAUUUUCUUCCACGAUUUCAUUCUACUUGCCAUUAUUCGUGAUGCUCUUUACUUACUUUAGAAUAUACAGAGCAGCUGCAGCUCAAACUAAGUCAUUAAGGUUAGGUACGAAACAAAUACUACUCGGUUCUGGAGAGCUGGAGUUAACUCUAAGAAUUCACAGAGGUGGUACAUGCAAAGCUCCAGAAUCCAGACUAUACUCCACACAAGAAGACGAACCUCUAACAGCUCUUCAAAAUAACGGUCUCUCUCGAGUAGCUUCAACGAGGCUUAAUCCGCACAGCAAAAACUUCUCACUAAGCAGAAAACUAGCCAAAUUCGCAAAGGAAAAGAAGGCAGCUAAGACAUUGGGUAUAGUGAUGGGAGUGUUCGUGGUUUGUUGGUUACCGUUUUUUGUAGUGAACUUGUUGUCGGGAUUCUGUUUGCAGUGUAUUAGCCAUGAACGUAUUGUGCUUGCCGUGGUUACGUGGCUGGGAUGGAUCAAUUCAAGCAUGAAUCCGGUGAUCUAUGCUUGCUGGAGCAGAGAUUUUAGAAGGUAA